AUGUUGGAUAUGAAUAUGUAUGUGGCAGUGUCUGUCUUACUUCAAGACGAUAAGAUAAACCCCUCCAUCCAAUGGAUAAGAGCAUAUUAAAAAAAAUGGGCCGUGCUUCGGAUUAAUUGUGCGCCAGGAUGUUGGCAGGUCCGCUGCCGAAUCGCAUUAUCAGAUAACAUUUUUUAUCGUAGCAUCAAUCAUUACCGACUCGACGAAUAUCGCAUCUGGGGACGACGAGGACGAGGAAGAGGCAUUGAAAGUAGGAAUUGGCCUCACAAUCGAUGCACCUACUUGCAAAAUCAAAACCGGCAUCAUGUCUUGCAAGUUGACCCCUUGGGGCGCCGCCGCCGCCGUCCGGAAUCUCAGCAUACGAACGCGACGAGCACCCACCACCACCUUCCGAAUAGCAUCCCGUCCGGAGCAACGACCAGCAUAUCAGACGCCAUUCUUAAUAACGACGAGAGGAAUUACAGACGAUACCAACACAAGAAUACCACCCCAGUCCGAAACCCCACCGCCAACUCCCGCCGAAUAUGUGCCCAAGCCGCCCGAGAUCUUCGCGCCAAACUUCCUCAACGCCGAGGCCAUAGCCGCGCUCGAGAAAGCUGCUGCUAACCAGGCUCUCUAUGACGAGGGCGACGAAGGCCUGUUAUUUAACAUGCCCGACCGCGUCGGCAAGGGCCAGCAGCUGCAGGACAGGUACCAUCCUGUAGUAGAGCAGGUUACGAAGCUCCUGAUGAAGGACGGGAAGCUAAGUCAAGCGCAGAGGAACAUGGCCAUGAUCCUCAACUACCUCCGCACAACCCCCGCCCCCAAAGUCUCCCCCCAACGGCCCCUCCUCCCCGGCAGCCCCCCCGCCGACCAGCUCCCCCUCAACCCCCUCCUCUACCUAACCCUAGCAAUCGACUCCGUAGCGCCCCUGAUCCGAAUCCGCAGCUUACGCGGCGCCGCCGGCGGCGGCCAAUCCCUCGACCUGCCCCAGCCCAUAGCCGCGCGCGCCCGCCGCCGCAUCGCCGUCAUGUGGAUCCUCGACGCCGUGCGCCGCAAGCGAUCCGCCGGCUCCGGCCGCGCCCAGUUCGCCACCCGCUUCGCCCAGGAGCUGAUCUCCGUCGUGGAGGGCAAGUCGACAGUCUGGGAUAAGCGGAAUAGCAUCCAUAAGCUGGGCACCGCGGCGCGUGCGAAUUUGACGCAUCAUGCUGUUGUGGGGAAUCGGAGGAAGUAGGUAGCCAGACGGUAGAGAUAUAUGCCUAUAUAUACAGAUGCCGAGACGAUCGUUGGCUCGUGGGGAGAAUGGAAAUAACAGCUAGGGAACUCAACCGAAUUGGAGCGUUCCUGGUGGGACAUCGUACCUAUGGAAAUAUAUAACCUUAAGUGGACGGUCAGCUGUGAUGACAGUGUACCUUACCUUGUAUGUACGCGUCUAUGUAUGUAUGAUAUAAAUCAAAAACCCAUGUACAAAGACGAUACAACUACACUGCUUACCACACGUUCUCUUGAUUGAGAUGCUUCGGUGAAAAUAGAGGG